AGAUGGCACUACUUACUACCUUUUGAGUGAUAUCAGUCACGUUGGAAAUACUAAAGGUUGAUAUUUGUUUGUUGGUUUUAUAUAAUUUUUGAAAAUUUGCUGUAAAUUGCUUUAGUUUAUUUGAACACUAAAAUAGUAAUGAAUAUGUUGUCCAUUUUUCAUAAAGUGUUAACUGAUAGACAAAAAUUACUCUAUUUUCGUAGGGAUUUCUGGCUUCGUAGAAAAGCAUGAGUACUGAGAAGCUUCAUGUUGGAGAUAGCUCCGAUUCGGAAGGAGACAAUGAGACGUAUGAGGAAGAGUUGAUUUCAAAACCUGAUGCUAAAAAAGUUUUUUCUUUAUCCCAUAAUGCCUGGAAAGAUGAUAAAUAUUUAAAACCGGUGAUAGAAGAUGAUGAACUUCUUCAAUGGGAUAUAGAAGAAGAUGAAAAUAGUUUAUUAACUGAUGAGCUAACACUAGAAGAAAAAUUAAAGUUAGCAGAACAGAGAGCAGAGAGAAGCGAGGAUGAGUUGAAAAAAGUUGUAGAAGAUUUACAUAGACUACAGGAAACAGCCAAAAAUUUGUUUAGUUCGACUGUGGAGACUGCUGAAUUACCAACUGUCAAAAGUCUUAAAGAUGAUGAAGAUUCCCCUUACAUAGAUUCCUAUUCACAUUUUGGAAUUCAUAGAGAAAUGUUACAAGAUACUGUCAGAACUUUAAGAUACAAAGAAGCUAUCUGCCUUAAUGAAGAAACUUUAGCUGAUAAGUUAAUCCUUGACGUAGGCAGUGGUACAGGUAUUCUCUCGAUGUUUUGCGCAAAGGCAGGAGCAAAGAAAGUAUAUGCCGUCGAAAUGUCAGAUAUUUAUUACGAAAGUUUAGAUAUUAUUCGAGAAAAUAAGCUUGAAGAUAAGAUUCAUCAAAUAAAAGGACGAUUAGAAAAUAUUCAGCUACCCGAAGAGAAAGUGGACGUAAUUGUUUCGGAAUGGAUGGGCUACUUUCUUUUCUUUGAAUCCAUGUUAGAUAGUGUUCUAUACGCCAGGGACAAGUAUUUGAAAAGUGACGGUAUUAUGCUGCCAAACAUUUGUACCUUGAAAAUUAUGGCUAUGACGGACGAGGAGCUCUACAAAAGACAUAUUACAUUUUGGGAUGAUGUUUAUGGAUUUCGAAUGUCGUGUCUACGAAAACAAGAGUUAGGAGAAGCUCUAGUAGAUUUUGUAAAGAAAACCUCAAUCGUAUCUGAUGAGAGUGAACUAAUUUCACUCAAUUUAAAUGAAUGUAGCAUAAAAGAUACAGAAUUCAAGUCACUGUUUAAGCUCACUUGUCAACAUUCAACAACAGUUCAUGCUUUGUGUGCUUAUUUUGAUGUAGAUUUUAAGAUGCCCAAACCUGUGAGACUUUCAACGUCUCCAUUUGAAAAAGGGACUCAUUGGAAGCACACUGUAUUCUUUCUUAAACAUCCUAUAGAAGUUAAAGAACAUGAGGAAAUAAGCGGAACAUUAGAAUGUUUAAAAGGCAAAAAGAAUCCCAGAUCGCUCACUGUAAAGAUUCAUUUAAAGGGAGUGGAUCAAAUAUACUCACUUUCAUAA